GGCGCCCUAAAAAUAUUGGCGAAAUAAAGAUGGCCGCUCGCCUAGACAGUACGUCAGGGGAACCAGCUAAGGUCGUCGCAACUAAAAACAUGGAUGAUCAGGCUAGUUUGAUGAAAGGCUCUCCAAGUAUUGUUGCAGAUGUUUUGAGCAAGAAAGGCCUUAGUUCUGCGACUGCUUUAAGCCAGGCAAUGAAAGAACUCUCUGAUAAAACUGACUCGUUGAAGAGUCAGAUGUAUGGUGUCAUCUACAAACAGUACACAGAGUUUUAUCAUGAGUUUAACUUAGGAGAUGAACUCAAUAAGCAGUUGGUCAGGUUAAUAAAAGGAAUCAACAAACUUGGUGAUGAUAUUCAGAAUGAAACUUUGGUUACAAUGGCUACUGCUGGAUCUGAAUUGCAUCAAUUGACUAGUGACUAUGAGAAAAACCAUGAAAUUAUCAAGGCCUUGAAAAAGCUGCUUAAGAUGCAUGACUGUAUUCAUACAUGUGCAAAUGGCAUCCAUUACAAGGAUUACCUUCCAGCUGCCAAAUCUGUUCGGGAUAUGAGAAAUCAUCUCAAUGAACUGUCUGCGGAAACAUGUGAAAUCAGAGUUUUCAAGGCCAUCACUGAAGAGUAUAGGGGAAAGAAAGCUGUUUUGGUAUCAGUUCUUGAAUCAAACUGGUCGCAGUUGAUUGAUUGGAGCUCUGUUGACUCGGUGUCCUGGGAUAACAUUGAGAGUCACCUUAGGACAUCCCUUAGAGUGCGCUCCCCAGAUCCCAAAACUCAUGGUGUUGUCUCGCUGACGUCACUGUUCCAAGCAAUGGAGUAUAUUGGUAUAUUUGAAGCCCGGCUGAAGAGUUUCGCGAAGAAAAUGCUAAACUACUUGCUGAAGCCGUUUGUGAAAUUUCCAAAUUUGAAGCCAAUGGUGGAAAACGAUAAAUUGAAAAUUGUGAAAGAAGAUAUAAAAAUAAAGGGAAAACGGAUUGACCCAGUGUCUUUGAUACGAAAGCUCGGUACAGUUGUCCAGUUUGUCGUCAAGCACGUGUUUCCAGAGGUUUUAGAGAAUGGAAAGAGUUCAGAAACCACAACCGAUAAUGGAGUACAAGAGGCAGCGAAAAAUGAUUAUAGCAAAAAACUAAAGUCCUACAUUUGGCCUGAACUCAGUGAAUUGAUCAUUAAAGAUUGCUUAUCAAACGCUGUUCCUUCAAACAACACACAGAUUAAAGAAUACGAGAUAGUCAUCAAAGUGACAAACGUUUUUGAGCAAGAGCUCAUUUCAUUGGGUUUCCUUGAUGAAGGCGAUACGGACCUGAGCACCUAUGUGAAAGGAAUCAAUAUCCAUUUUGCAAACAAAAAGAUCCAGGAUUUGCUAGAAAAGGCUCGUAGUUUGAUGACGUUAGAGAUUCAUAGCAUGGUUAAAGUUGAGGAAGAUGAGGACAGAGCUCGCUUGGUCACGCAUGUUGAAGAAAAGGAAAGAAAAUUUACAAAAGAGACCAAUCUUUUGCUUGCUGGCCUGAAGGAUAUCCCAGAGGGAAGUUUCGCGACAAAGAUUUUCAAAUUUCCUGAAUGCAGAAUAAGCGAGUCAACCAUGAAGCUUCGUGAUCUCGUUUACAAAACGCUGAUUGAAGCAUCAAUGGCCACGCCUCAAGUAGCAAUUCAGUUAUUUUACUGUGUUCGCAAUAUGUUCGAAUUAUUCUGUGAUGUGGUGCCAACGUACCAUCGAGAGAGCCUUGAACUACCUCAACUAGCCGCCCUUCAUUACAACAAUUCGAUGUACUUGGCCCAUCAUUGUAUUACCCUGGGACAUCAGUUCAAACUGACCCUCCCUGAGACGUUAAGCCAAGGAGCUGCUACAUUCAUCGAUCUAGUACCAGUGCUGAGAAAGUGUGGGGAGAAAUGCUUUUUGGACAAUUUGAAAAAGCAAAAGCUACAAUUAUUAGAGAUCGUAACAGUUUGUGAUGGGUUUAGAUCUUUGGACAAUGAGGACGAUGCUUUUGCCACCCAGAAGGCAUUUGACCAGAUAAUCAGUCAGCUCGUUCGCCUGAGUAGAGUUUGGAAGGACGUCUUGCCAAAGCAUGUUUAUGAUGUCAGUCUUGAACUGUUAUUCCACACUGUGCUUGAUACCAUCAUCUCACAGAUCAUUCAACUGGAGGAUAUUUCUAGUGAGCAAGCGAUCCAAUUCCACAGACUUCUUAAAAUCCUGAUCGAUCGGUCAGUUGAGGUUUUCACAUUAAAAGCUAAAGAUGAAGUUACAUCUAGCGACAUGGGUUUCAUUGUCAAAAUUCCGUCUUGGCAAAAAUUUAACGAGCUCAGAGAAAUGAUGGAUUCAUCAUUGCAAGGAAUUGUGGAUCGUUGGACAGAUGGGAAGGGCCCCUUGGCACAGUGUUUUGAUGCCACAGAUGUGAGAAGCUUGAUAAAAGCGUUAUUUCAAAACACAGAUAUCAGGGCUCAAGCUCUUUCGAAAAUCAAACAGACCUAAUAUCCAACAUGCAGGUAAUUAAUUGAAAUACAAUUUAUAUCAAGGUUUCGUUAGGGCUAGAAAUUGAUGUUGAACUAAAACGCUUUAGUUUCAUAUUGUUAUCAAUGUCAAUCUUUAUCUUAGUUAUCUCGCAUGUCACAGCCCCUACCAGUUCAAGCUGAUAUUCCAGAAUGUUUUUAAGAUCAGUACCACAGAAUCAAACUCUCAUAAUUCAAAUAGGUACCUAUGUUAUUUUACAAUAAAGAACAAACAUUUAAAGUCCAAUUAACCCACGCUAUAAUCCAACGAUGUGAUAGAACUAGCUGCAAAAUAUUUGUAGCACCAUUAGGCCAUUGUAGACUUAUCUUCUGACUGCAUUAGGUAUCAUAAUUGACUGAAGUGUUUAUCUGCACACUCAACUCCCUUUUCGAUAGAAACAAGAAUGUUGGAUUAGAUGAAAUCACAGCUUUUUUCUGAAUUCUAUAAAAAUUUAUGCUAGAAAUUGUACCGCAGUUAUGAAAGUGUAAAAUGAAAGAGUUUUUACGGAUUUUUUAGUACAAACUCUGCAAAUGUAUUGACUUGCAUUAAUCUUGUCCUGCUUAUACUGGCGUAUAACUAUACUGGCGUUUUCAGAUAAUAGGAAGUUUGCAUUUAUUGAAACUGAAUUAUAAACGCAAUCAAUCUUAAAAGAUAGUCACAACCCCCUAUCUUUGUUCACCCAGACUCCCCCCUCUUAGCUAAACAGACGCUAUAAAAUUGCAAAUGCUAGCUAGAUAAUUAAGCUUUAUGGUCACGUUUAAUUUGUUAUUCCCAGAAAAAUAAUAUUCCUGAACAGCCCCCUAGAAGCUAUCUGUUUCGCUAUCAAAUUACUCAGUAUAAUUAUUAUCAUUUAGUUGAAAUAUUGUCAGGUACCUUGCUAGUUGGCUACGCGAUUCCUCUGUUUGAUGAAGCCAAAUGGUCACAUUUGUUCGACUAGUUAUUCCCAGCAAAAUAAUAUUCGUAAACAGCCCUCUAAAAAGCUAGUUGUUUCGCUAUCAUAUGACUCAAUAUUAUUAAUAUCAUUUACUUGGAAUAUUGCCAGGUACCUUGCUAGCUGGCCACGUUAUUCCUCUGUUUGAUUAAACCAUAUCGUCGUUGAAUUUUAUACGUAUAGAGGUCUAAAUCAAGUUAACAGACAUGGCUGUACAUUUGAAACUACAUUUGUACUGUACUCUUUACUCGUAACAUUUUGUGUCCAUGCAAUAUUUAUGAGCGAUAA